AUGCAAGUCCAGCUAGGUCAAUUUUGGCGGCGAUUUGGGUCACCGCGAAACUGUGACUAUGAUCCAACAGGAAGCGAGCAAAGAUACGACAAACUCUGUGCUGAAUAUCUCCCCAGCUUGCAUGCGGCAUUUGCAAUAGCUCAUCUGGAUACGGCAUGGGACAAUGUUCUUCCAAAGCUACCGAUGCAGAGGCAACUUCUUUAUAUUGCCAUCUUCGACUCAGUCUGUUGGAACUUCCGGCCGCUUUUGUUGCUGAAGCCUGAUUAUAUCGCGGGGCUUGCUCCGUACAAGCGAGUGCUCCUUCCAUUACAAAAACAAAGACUAGCAAUGGCUGCAUUGAAAGAACUCGAGGCUGUCACUGCCCUCCAUUCAAUGUUCGGAGGCUCCUAUACCCGUUUUACUGCCAUAAUAUUCAACACUUUCGAAGCUGCCGUUCUCUUACUUUCUCUUUGCUUUCACGUCGACUUCCCCUUUGAUCAAGGAGAUGUAAACACGAAUAUACUAGGCAUUCAGGCUCAAUUGACGUACAAAAAGGCCAUGCAAGCCGCAGAACAAGCUAUCGGUCGACUUCAAAUGCUGGCCGAACUCAGCGAUAUGGCUGCGGCCGGGGCUCGAGUGGCUUCUCAAGUAUUUGCCAAAGCCGCGAAGUCGAAAGAAUCGACAAGCCCAGUUGCUCCGGCGGGACUUUCCGAUACCCCUUUUUGGCAAUUUGCAUACUCGGCUAACAUAGAAACUACCGAGGGCCUAGGCCCGUGCUUACCCUUGGAACAAGAGGAUCCUGUACUGAUGAGCGACAUUUUCUCCUCAACGGCACAAGAUGACUCGUAUCCCAAAUUCCCAUUGUCGUCUUUCGGCCUUCCCAUGGUCUGA